AUGGAUAGUCAGAGAUACAACAGUCCUGGAGGGUUACAGUAUAUAAUGGAUAGUCAGAAGAGACUUCACCCAGUCCUGGAGGGUUUAAGUAUAUAAUGGAUAGUCAGAGAUACACCAGUCCGGAGGUUUACAGUAUAUAACUGGGAUUAGUCAGAGAUACACCAGUCUGGAGGGGUACAGUAUAUAAUGGAUAGAUCAGAGGAUGACACAGUACUGGAGGGUUACAGGAAUAAUGGAUAGUCAGAGAUACACCAGUCCGGGAGGGUUACAUGAUAUAAUGGAUAGUCGAGAUACACCAGUCCUGGAGGGUUUACAGUAUAUAAGGGAUAGUAAGAGUUACACCAGUCUGGAGGGUUACAGUAUAUAA